GAUGAAGAUGCCAUUGAAGAGGGUGAUGCCAAUUUCGCCGCUGAAGACAUCGACUACUCUGCCAUCGGAGCGUCGCAGUCUACCGCAAAGCACUGGAAGCUCGGAAAGAAGCGCGCACACAGCAAGAAGUCUGCGGCACGGCGCUCGAACUCGUUGCAGUGGGAGGGUAAAGUUCGCCCCUUUUUGCAGAAAAUAG